AUGUUGAAAGGUUUGAAGAUUGCCAGACAUGAUAGUCAAGGCUCUAGAAGCAGAAUUACUUCAGCAGAUAUUUCGUCCCCCACACAAGACAUGAGUAACGUUAUCAAACACGUGAAAACAGUACCCAUAAGGCAGGCCUCUGCUUCCUUUGGCAGUGGAAGUAACUUGAAUACGACUGCUAGCAUGACCACAAGAUCUAGUCGUAGCUCUAGAGAUAUCAUGUCUCCAGAAAAAGUUAUUAAAGCUAUCAGGUCCUAUGAUUCCAAUAACAGUUCCGAAUUAUCAUUUCUCAAAGGUGAGUUCUUCUACGUGAUUGAAGAAGACAGUACCUACUAUGGUGCUACCAACCCAUCAACUGGGAAGACUGGUAAAGUGCGUAAAAGUUUUUUUGAAUCAUUUAAUAGAACAAGACCAGGCUCCACAGUUAGUAGUGUGGACACUGGACGUACUACACCUAAUGAAUCUAUCAAGAGCGGAAACAUGUAUGCCAUUGUAUUGUAUGAUUUCCAAGCUGAAAAAUCAGAUGAAUUGACUGUAUUUGCAGGAGAAAAUCUAUUCAUUUGUGCACAUCAUAAUUAUGAAUGGUUCAUUGCUAAACCAAUUGGUAGAUUAGGUGGCCCUGGUUUAGUUCCUGUGGAUUUUGUUAGUAUUGUGGAUAUAUCCACGGGUUAUGCUACAGGUUCGGAUGUAAAGGAAGAUAUUUUGAAUUGUAAUUUACCUACAGUUCAAGAAUGGAAAAUGAAUGUAAGUAAAUAUAAGGCAAGUAAUAUCUCAUUAGGAUCCUUAGAUAACCCUACAAACUCAUUCUCUAAUGGUAGCAAUUAUAAUAAUAAUAAUAAUUCUCAUCAUAGUAUGUCAUUACCAAACGAUAUGGAUGGUGCUUUUGUCAUAAAAGCUGCAGUAGUGACAUUUGCAUUAGAAGAUGAUAAAUAUUGGUUCACUGUGAGAUGUCAAAUCUCUACAGGUAAAGUUCGUGAGUUGAAAAGAUAUUAUCAAGAUUUUUACGAUUUACAAGUUAAACUUCUUGACACGUUUCCAGCAGAAGCUGGUAAAUUAAGAGACUCCAAUGGCAAUUGGAUCAAACGUAUACUUCCUUAUAUUCCAGGUCCUGUUCCAUAUGUCACCGAUUCUAUUAGUAUGAAACGACGUGAAGAUUUAGAUAAAUAUUUAAAAGAAUUGAUUCAAUUACCAGAUUAUAUCUCACACUCCGAUAUGGUUAAAUCAUUAUUCUGUAUCCUUGAUAAUGGAUUUGAUAAUGAAUUUGAUUCAGAUGAUCAUGCUAUUAGCAUUGAAAUUGGUAAUAGGGGUGGCCGUAGUAGUAGCAAUGCACAUUCAAAAGGUAUUGAUUCUAUGGAAAUAGAGGAUAAUACUGCUAUUGUUAACAAUAACAGAAGUUCAAAUGGGCAUUCCAGUAGUGAACAAGAUAAUACUUUAACUGGUGAAGAUUUAAAAAUAUAUGAAAAGUUAGCUAAUAUAUCAUUGAGUACUUCUAAUCAACAGCCUUCACCAACACAUCAGCAACUCCAACAUACUAUGCCAUUAUCAAGACCUCCAAGUUCAUUACCUCCGGGUUUGAAAUCAAUUAAAAUCAAAUUUUACUAUAAAGAUGAUAUAUUUGCCCUACUAUUGAACAGCAAUAUAACGUUGUUAGAUUUGCGUAGCAAGAUCGGGCCUCGUAUAGACACAAAAGAUUUUAAAUUAUUCUUUAAAAAGAAUAAUGGCGACGGUGAAGAGAUUCGUUCAGAUACACAGGUGGCAGAAUUGAUUCACACGAAAGCCAAAAUAAAUGUUUAUGACGCAUAG